UCACUCACUCAGUCUCGGUUCAGGGUCAUCCCAGCGAGCCGCUUCAUCCCGUUCAGAUCCUCUACGCUGCCGUUUCGGUAGAUUUAGGAUAAAACCACUUCAGUGGAGAUCGAUAUCUUUAAGACACAAUGCGAAGCGAGUUCAUCGUUUGUCUUGGGAUGUUUCUCACUCAUCGUGUGUUUGGAGUUGAGGCAGUAGAAGAAGUGAGGAAAGUGGAGGGAGAAUCUGCAACCCUUCACAGCGGUGUAGAAGAAUAUCAGCGGAUCAUUUGGCUGUUUGGACCUCAGAAAAAGAAAAUAACUCAAUGUUGGGGAAACGCCAGUGGGAACCCAUGGUGUGAGACUGAUCAGCGAUUAACAGACAGACUGAAGACAGACGAUCCGACUGGAUCUCUCACCAUCAACAACAUCACAAAUGAAGAUGCUGGACAUUAUCAUCUACAGAUCUUAAACAAUUUGCCUGACAAGGAAUUUAGUGUUAUCGUCUCUGCUGCUCUGCCCGUUCCUAUGAUUGUCAAAGACUCGGAAAAAUCAUCAAGCUCACAAUGUGUCCUGCUGUGUUCAGUGAUGAAUGUGACGGAGGCGACUCUCUGCUGGUACAAAGGAAACAGUUUAAUCUCCUCCGUCAGUGUCUCUGAUCUCAACAACAGCUUCUCUCGUCCUCUGGAGGUGAAUUAUCAGGACUUCAACAAUUACAGCUGUGUGCUGAACAAUUCAAUCAGCAGCCAAACUACACACCUCAACAUCACUGAACUCUGCCAACUAUGUCCAGAGCCAUGUAGUGACCGAGGUUAUAUAGCACAGAUAUGGGUGCCGGUGGUGCUGGUGGUGCUGGGUGGAGUUACAGCUUGGAUCUGCUGGAAAAAAGACAAGCAAAUCAAAAUGGGGUCGUUUAGGGUUAUGAGAGGAACAGAAGAACAGUCUCCAGGAGAUGAGAGGAGUCCUUUCGAGAUUGAUGAAGGAUCAUGACCAACUUAUAACACUUGUUAGCCGAUCUAAUGAUGGUUGUUCAGGUCUAUGUGAUAGCACAUAUUGCUAUAAACUUGGGAUUUCACUUUCUCAUUCUCUAAACUCCUCCUUUCUCUCUUUCUGCAACGUGUGAAUGUGUGAAUGCUUGUGUUCAUGUGUUAGAUUAGUUUAUGUCUUAGGUUUAUAUAAAUAAAGUCUUAUUUAUAUUGAAAAGAGAAGUAUCUUGUGUUUUGUGCUUACAAGUUAAUGUCUUAAUCUGCCGAUCUUGUUACUGUGCUUAUUAAUAGUGUUUUCACUAUAUUUUGGAUUU